AUGGUAACUACUGAGGAAAUUGAAAAGUCAGAGGACAAAUGGUAUAUUUCUUCUGAAUAUAACUCUAUUAAAGAUAAUGAAGAAGCAUGGUUUGAGAAACAAUUACUUCAACAAUUCUCCAAUUACAACAAGAAAAUGCAUAUUCUCAACUUUAUGAAAUAUUAG